AUGGAUCCAGAGCCUGCAACUGCAUUAUUCGAUACAACUGAUCUGGUUCUAUUGACCGCUAUUGGCUUAGGCACAGCUGCUUGGUUUAGCAGACAUCAACUGGCUGAAUUAUUCGGUAAAAAGAAGCAAAAGGUAGUAACUGCUGGUGCCAAUACAGCUCAACCCAAGCGAGAGACCAACUUUGUCAAAGUUAUGGAACAACAGGGUCGUCGAGUGAUUGUGUUUUAUGGCUCACAGACAGGCACUGCAGAAGGUUUUGCUGCUCGCAUCGCAAAGGAAUGCUCUCAACGAUUUGGUGUUAGUUGUAUGACCGCAGAUUUGGAAUUGUACGAUCUCACCUAUUUGGAUCAAGUACCCAAGGAUAAGCUUGUCGUGUUUGUAUUGGCUACAUAUGGUGAAGGAGAUCCAACAGAUAAUGCCAUGGAAUUUUGGGAUCUUGUUACAGAGGAUGAACCUACCUUUUCUGAGAGUAGCGAGGAUAGACCCUUGACCAAUCUGAAUUAUGUCAUGUUUGGCUUGGGCAACAAGACGUAUGAUCAGUAUAAUGAAGUGUCUCGUCGUAUCAACAAAUGCCUUUUGAAGCUCGGCGCUCAUCUGGUUGGCGAGGCUGGUGAGGGUGAUGAUGAUGCUUCUAUGGAGGAGGACUACUUGACAUGGAAGGAGAAAAUGUGGCCUGCAUUCUGUGAAACGCUGGGUGUGGAUGAAAGCUCAGCUAGAUCUGGCCCUAGACAGCCUGUGUAUUUGGUCGAAGAAUUGCCUGAAUAUGAAAAGAAUGAUGUCUACUUUGGCGAGUUGGCUGAGAAGGCCAAAAACAACGCCAAGAUCAUUUACGAUGCUAAGCGUCCUUAUAUUGCAGCCAUGACAUCCCGAGAGCUUUUCCACGGUGCAGACCGUCACUGCAUGCACAUUGAUGUUGACAUUAGUGGUACCAAUUUGAGUUACAAUACCGGUGAUCAUCUUGCCAUCUGGCCCACCAACAAUGAAAUUGAAGUCAACCGUCUCGCCUCUGUUUUAGGAUUAACCGACAAAUUGGAUACGGUGGUUAUGGUCAAGGCGAUUGAUCCCACGGCACCCAAGAAGCACCCCUUCCCUGUCCCUACUACCUAUCGCUCCAUCUUUAGAUACUACAUGGAAAUCUGUGCUCCCAUCUCUCGUCAAGUGUUGAACUCUUUUGUGGAAUACGCACCUUCUGAAGAAGCCAAAGCCAAUUUGACCCGCUUAGCUACCGACAAGGACGAAUACCGUAUGCAAGUUGGCGAUGCUUGUCGCAAUCUGGGUGAGGUCCUUCAAUUAGUCACUGGUGCUGAUACGCGUCCUGGUCUCUUUGCCAGCGUUCCUUUUGAUCUCAUUGUCGAAACCAUUGCUCGCAUGCAGCCUCGUUUCUACUCUAUUUCAAGCUCUGCCAAGGAGAGCCCCAAGACCAUUUCAGCUACUGUAGUGACAUUGGCCUAUCAGCCUCUCCCUACACCUCAGCGUACUGUGUAUGGUGUCAAUACCAACUUUUUGUAUAGCAUUCAAAUGCAAAAUGAGCCCACCGUAACUGAUGGUCAAGAACAUCCUCCUUACGACCUGGCUGGUCCUCGCCAAGCUUACCUUGGUUCGGAUGGCCAUUGCCACAAGAUCCCUGUUCAUGUGCGUCAUUCUCAAUUCAAGUUACCUCGCAAUCCCUCUGUGCCUGUCAUUAUGGUAGGUCCUGGUACUGGUGUUGCUCCCUUCCGUGGUUUUGUUCGUGAGCGUGUUGUAGAGAAGCGCAACGGGAAGCCUGUGGGUACCACUCUCUUGUUCUAUGGUAGUCGUAAUCAAGCUCAGGAUUUUUUGUAUGCUGAUGAAUGGCCUGAGCUUUUCGAGACCUUGGGCGGUGAGUCUCGCAUUGUCACUGCGUUCUCUCGUGAUCAAGCCCAAAAGAUCUAUGUUCAACAUCGCCUUCAUGAACACGGUGCUCAAGUCUGGGAGUUGCUGCAAAAGGGCGGCUAUGUGUAUGUCUGUGGUGAUGCCAAGAGCAUGGCGCGUGAUGUCAAUCAAACCUUCAUCAAUUGUGCUAUUGAAUAUGGCGGUAUGACUGAUGAAAAGGCGCAUGAGUACGUCAAGGGCUUAAGAACCACUGGUCGUUACCAAGAAGAUGUUUGGAGUUAA